AUGUCUCGAUCGAACCCCCCUAACGCUGCGGGGUCCCGCAAGAUCUCCUUCAACGUGAGCGAGCAAUAUGAUAUCCAAGAUGUGGUCGGUGAAGGCGCUUAUGGUGUUGUCUGUUCCGCCAUCCACAAGCCCUCGGGCCAAAAGGUCGCCAUCAAGAAGAUCACUCCUUUCGAUCACUCCAUGUUCUGUCUAAGAACUCUGCGAGAGAUGAAGCUGCUGAGAUACUUUAACCAUGAGAACAUCAUUUCCAUUCUCGACAUUCAGAAGCCCCGAAGUUACGAGUCAUUUCAGGAAGUCUAUCUGAUCCAGGAGCUGAUGGAGACGGAUAUGCACCGUGUCAUUCGUACACAGGAUCUUUCUGACGACCACUGCCAGUACUUCAUUUACCAGACACUCCGAGCCCUCAAGGCGAUGCACUCAGCCAAUGUGCUGCACCGAGACUUGAAGCCCUCUAACCUCCUCCUCAACGCCAACUGUGAUCUCAAGGUCUGCGAUUUUGGUCUUGCACGAUCCGCUGCCUCUCAAGAGGACAACUCUGGUUUCAUGACCGAAUACGUCGCUACUCGAUGGUACCGUGCGCCCGAGAUCAUGUUGACUUUCAAGGAGUACACCAAGGCUAUUGAUGUCUGGUCGGUCGGCUGUAUCCUCGCUGAGAUGCUCAGCGGUAAACCUCUUUUCCCCGGAAAGGAUUACCACCACCAGUUGACUCUUAUUCUGGAUGUGUUGGGCACACCUACAAUGGAAGAUUACUACGGAAUCAAGUCGCGCCGUGCUCGAGAAUACAUCCGAUCGCUCCCCUUCAAGAAGAAGGUUCCCUUCCGAACUCUAUUUCCCAAGACGUCGGAACUGGCCCUUGACCUGCUCGAGAAGCUCCUCGCAUUCAACCCUGUUAAGCGCAUUACUGUGGAGGAAGCUCUGAAGCACCCAUACCUCGAGCCUUACCACGACCCUGAGGACGAGCCAACAGCGCCCCCUAUCCCCGAGGAGUUCUUCGACUUUGACAAGCACAAGGACAACCUGAGCAAGGAGCAGUUGAAGCAGUUGAUCUACCAGGAGAUCAUGAGGUAA